AUGCCAACUGUCUCCACUGUCAAUCUCACGGCACCACUCCUCCUCCUGUUGCUAUGGGCAACCCACCCCACCAUGGCAACCAACUGGCUCUCCCUGGCGCGGCUGCCUCGCUCCAGGCCCGUGUCCGGUGCUGCCCCAUGUGCGAGGCUGAGGGGGCUGACCCCGGGGCAGGUGGGGGUGUGCAGGGCGCGAGGGGAGGUCAUGGAGUCCGUACGCAAGGCAGCCGAGAUGGUCAUAGAAGAGUGCCAGCACCAGUUCAGGAACCGACGCUGGAACUGUUCCACCACCCCACGUGGGAUCAAUGUAUUUGGCAGAGUCAUGAACCAAGGGACUCGUGAGGCGGCCUUCGUGCACGCUUUGUCCUCAGCAGCCGUGGCCGUGGCUGUGACCCGAGCCUGCACCCGCGGGGAGCUGGAGCGGUGUGGCUGUGACAGGAAGGUCAGGGGGGUCAGCCCCGAGGGUUUCCAGUGGUCAGGGUGCAGUGACAACCUGUCCUACGGUGUGGCUUUCUCCCAAACAUUUGUGGAUGAACCAGAACGAGCCAAGGGGCUUUCGGCUGGGCGCCCGCUCAUGAACCUCCACAAUAACGAGGCCGGCCGAAAGGCCAUCCUUCACAACAUGCAAGUGGAGUGUAAGUGUCACGGCGUCUCCGGCUCCUGUGAGUUGAGGACCUGCUGGAAGGUCAUGCCCCCAUUCAGGCGCGUUGGUGUUGUGCUCAAAGAACGCUUUGACGGAGCCACGGAGGUCCGCCUGACUCGUGUCGGAUCCAGAACCGCUCUGCUCCCCCGUGAUCCGCAGGUCAAACCCCCUGCUGCCAGAGACCUUGUGUACCUUGCUCCGUCUCCAGAUUUCUGCCAUCUAGACCCUGACAACGGUAUCCCUGGGACCAUUGGUAGGAGAUGCAACGGAACGUCUCGACUGGCACCAGAUGGCUGCGAGCUGGUGUGCUGCGGGCCGGGGUACCGAGCCGGCCGGGCAGAGGUGGUGCAGCGCUGCUCCUGCAAGUUUUCCUGGUGCUGCUCAGUCCGCUGCCAGCAGUGCAAGAACACAGUCACCAUUCACACCUGCAGAGUCUAG